AUGAGUGUUCAGCUGGAAUACUUGACAUUUGAGUUGGGUUGUUUAGCUGUGGCUCUUAAGCUGGUGAAAAAAAGGAAUUCAGUUGAUGGUUGCAUUGACUGGUCAGUGGAUCUCAAGACAUACAUGGCUUUGGCAGGUGAACCAGUCCGAGUGAAAUGUGCCCUUUUCUACAGCUAUAUCAGAACUAAUUAUAGCAUGGCCCAAAGCACAGGUCUUAGACUUAUGUGGUACAAAAACAAAGGAGAUUUAGAAGAACCCAUUAUAUUUUCUGAAGUUAGGAUGAGCAAGGAUGAAGAUUCAAUAUGGUUUCACUCGGUUGAGUUGCAAGACAGUGGGUUCUACACCUGUGUUCUAAGAAACUCAACGUAUUGCAUGAAGGUGUCCAUGUCCUUGACAGUAGCUGAAAACGAAUCUGGGCUUUGCUACAACAGCAAGAUCAGAUAUCUGGAAAAAUCAGAAGUCACUAAGAGGAAGACAAUCUUCUGUCCUGAUAUUGAGGAUUACAAAACAGCCAGUCAAGAGCCAGAUGUGGUGUGGUACAAGGAAUGUAAGCCCAAAAUGUGGAGGAGCAUUGUAAUUCAAAAGGGAAAUACUCUUUUAAUACAAGAGGUCCAGGAAGAAGAUGGAGGAAAUUAUACCUGUGAACUAAAGUUUGAAGGCAAGCUUAUACGAAGAACAGUUGAAUUGAAGGUUACUG